AUGCCUGCCAGUGUCGCUGUUCUGCCACCGGCAGUCCCCGCAGCACCGGCAUCUCGAAAGACUUCGCUUGCGCCGGAACGCAAGUACAAAUGCCAGUUUUGCGCUCGGCGCUUUUCAGUCGAUCUGAGCACCGGAAGCCGCCAUGAACGAUCUCUACCUUUCGUCAGGCGUGACCUUUCUUCUUUCGACACGACCGAACCGGUGCAUGCUCGCGAUGCGUCAGGACCUCCACUUCACAGUGACUCGAAGCGCAGGAAGCCGCGUGGUGGCCCGGCCAAGUCCCCGAUAGCCAUUGAUACGUCCGCUCUUGAACAAAUCGAAGCCACUAGCGAUGGUAUUUUCGAUGUUGAGACAGCUGCCAUGCUGGUGGCCGACCUUCACCACAAGGCCACGGCUGCCAUGCGCAACGGAAGCUAUGAUGGAAACUCGCCAACGCCGUAUUCCCCUCGCGGAUCCGCCCUGCUGGAGCCCUCAGUGACAUACCCCUCCGGCGCGAUAGCGUUGCCUCAGUGGGACUCUUUCAUGCCCCAGUCCGCCGCCGAGUCCAAAGCCCACUCCAUCACGUCUUCCACGUCAGGCUCUUUCGAGUCUCAACAGUCGUUCACCACGUCGAGCACAAUGCAGCCCCACAUCAACCAGUUGCCUCCACUCAACGGUCAGACCUGUAAUGGUUUGGUGCCGGCGCUGCAGUCCAUGAUCAGCUCGUUGCCCAAUUCGACUGUGGGUACGCCCGUGACGCACAGCUCGCACAUGAUGCACGAAAACGCUGCGUUCCAGACCCCGCAAGUCGCCAACGACGAUGCCCGCAAUCUGAUUCUCGACAACAUUAGGGCCAUGGAUUCGGAGCACGCCAUUCCUGACGGCUUCCGCCUUCCCAGCUUGGCGUCGCUGAACCGGUAUCUGUCGACGUACUUCGGCCUCUUCCACCACCACCUGCCUUUCCUUCACCCGGCCUCUUUCGACCCCACUUGUGUGUCUCCGGCGCUGCUUCUUGCUGUUCUGAGCAUUGGCGCCCUGUACGCCUUCGAUCAAGACCAGGCCUACAUGCUACAUAUUGGCUCCAAGGUCCUCGUCAGUCAGUUCCUCCAGAACAAGGAAAAUUUCAGCUCGAGGAAGUGCCCUCUCUGGACCAUGCAGGGCUCAUUGGUCAACAUGAUCUUUGCCAGCUGGAGUGGCGAUCCCAAGGGCUUGGAGUGGGCUUGCUCGAUCAAAAGUCUGCUUGCCAAUAUGGUGGCCGGAAACCGGUACGAACUGAAGCUUCGGCAGGAGGCCCGUGGAGACGCCCAGCCCAGUCGUGCCGAAUGGGUUGAAGACGAAGGCUGCCGUCGUACAUACUACGCUGUCUACAUCUUCUUCGGUCUGCUGACUCUCUCCUACAACCAUACUCCCGCCAUAAGCUUCAACGAGUUCGAGGAUCUCCACUUGCCUUCCUCAGAGGGCCUCUGGAACCUCAAGGUAGCAGACGAUGCCACGUGGGCCGAGCAAAUGAAGAGUUUGCCUGUUGUGACUUUCAUGGAGGCGCAUGACAAUCUGUUCCAGGGAGAGACACUCAGGUACAGCGCGUUUGCAAGCCGUGUCAUGAUCAACGCGCUCUUUCUCGAAGUUUGGUACCACAAGCGUAGCCCGGAGGCUUUGCAGGACGUGGUGACAGAAUACAAGCUGCGCCUCGCUCUGGAGACGUGGGAGAAGUCCCUCGAACUCUGUGAGCCGGAGACGUCGGCUGUACCCCUCAGCGCCCCUCACAAGGGACACCCUCUCAUCUUCAAUGCGAAGGCGCUGUAUCGCAAUGCACGAGCUCGUCUCGAGGUGGACCUCAAGGCCGUGCAGGAAGCCCUUCGCUACCACGAUUCGUACGAAGUUGCGGCUGCCAUGUCAAACGCUCGUGAUCGUGUGAAGAGAUCAAGUGAAAUGAUCAAGGUCAUCCAGGAGUGUUACAACUGUAUUGAGAUUGCUGUGGUGCAGGGUGUGCGGUGGGUCGCGCGGACAUCGCCCACCAACUGGAGUGUUGAGCAUGCGCUCUGUGGUCUUGAUCUCAUAAUCAUUCUCUCUCUGUGGCUUUAUCGUCUGGAACAUGACGAGGAACCUGCCACGGAGGAGGAAUUGGCCAUGUACAACAAGGUUAGACUCCUCUUCGACAAGGACCUCGAUGAGGCCUACGCCACACAGCUCAGUUCUGUCGUGGCCAGGCUUUGGGGCUCCAUGCUCGACGAGGUGGUCGUAUGGGGAAUCACCCGACUCAUGGGCGAAUCAUUCCGCCAUCACGCGCAGGCGCUCGUCGGAUACGUCGACGAUAUGGAGGCGUCCUCAAAUGUAUCAACCCCGUCUAUGAUUUCUCAAGGGGCUGAUGAGGAUAGCGUGUAUUAG